AUGAAGUCUUUCGCGAACCUCCUCAUCCUCGCUCCCAUCGCAUCUGCGGCCCUCACGUCCUCGACCCAAAGCGAUGUCACCAACGGCAGCGGCUGCAAGGCCAUGACCGUACUCUUCGCUCGCGGCACAACCGAGAUCGGAAAUAUGGGCACCGUUGCCGGACCGCCUUUUGUAUCUGCCAUUGGCAAGAUGAUGGGUGGUGCACAGAACCUGGCUGUCCAGGGUAUCCAGUAUCCUGCCGACGUCCCCGGAUUCUUGGCUGGUGGCGAUGCCAGAGGUAGCAUGUUGAUGGCGAAGAUGGUCGGCCAGGUCAUGACUGCCUGCCCAAAUACCGCGCUUGUCAUGGCAGGCUACUCUCAGGGUGGACAACUCGUCCACAAUGCAGCGUCUAUGCUGACCGCAGACCAGUCUGCGUUUGUCAAGAGUGCAGUCAUCUUUGGUGACCCGAACAAUGGCGAUGCUGUCGGUAAAGUCGGUGCUGCCAGUACCAAGGUCAUCUGCCACACCGGUGACUUGAUCUGUGCUGGCCAGAGUGUCAUCCUUGCUCCUCAUCUGACAUAUGGUCGCGACGCCAACACUGCUGCUGCAUUUGUCAUGUCGACUGCAGGUACUGCUGCAAAACGCUCCACUGCCGCUUCCGCCAAGCUUGUAGUCGGCAAGGUUGCUAACAGCUUCUCUGGUUGA